CAAGAAAGAGAACAAUUAACUGCAAAUGUGAAUCACGUCUCAAAAUCAGCUAAUAAUGGAAUUACCCGCCAAAAGCAUAGUGUUCAACGAAACGUUUUCUAUCGUACCAGAGGAUAACGUAUACUGUGCGCAUCGUUCUGCACCGCUAGUUCCCAGGAAGUUCGACUCGUGCCGAGGUGGUACAGUGGGACAAAAGAGCAACCCGUGCGUACGCACGCAAAGAACCAUUUCGACGUCAUCACUGGAGCUGCAAUUUGUACGCAAAAUUACGCCGCUAUUAUUAGCCAUGUCUAAUCGGGUGCGUUUGGACCAUAUAAUUGUGGCGAAUAUUCGCUGGCACUGAGAAAGGGAGCUGAGAAACCCCCUCGUGAACCGAGUGACCCGUGGAUUAUCUGUAUAUAGAAUCAGCAGUACGUCAUCGGUAGUGGUGUUAGUGUAAGGGUGUAAAUAAUACGCGGAACAUGCUUUCCGAUCGCAACGUUCGCCACUGUCCUUCACACAAAACCAGCUCUCCACCGAUAAUGGGGGUCACGGAGUUUCGUUCGCUGUGGCCGGACAGCACGAUGGUCGUCCGCGAAAAACCCUUUGCCACGGGUAUGGACGAAGGAAAAGCGACUCAGGCAACGGGCCCUGCGCACGCCAACAGUGCGGAUCUCCGACGCAGGCGUUCCUCGGGCAUAGUCGAGAACGUGUUGAAUGUGAUAACAAAACUGUUUAGCAUGACAACCACCAAAUCACAAAGCGUAAACAAAACGCCCGAGCUGGAAACGGGAAGCGAGUGGAGCGACGGCAAUGAUAAAAUGGGUCACAAUACGUCCUCCGCAAUACCCAUCUUCGAAACGACCAAGAGCGGCAUACGCCAGCUAACGGUGCCCCCGGAUUACGGCAGUUUGCCCGAAGAUAGUAACGCGGCCAUUGCGGGUGUGUACCUGCAAGAGGCAUCACCCAGGAUGGAGCCCAGCACAACGCGAACCGUACCGAUGAGGAAACGACGUCGUCAGCCUGCCCACAAAACACAUUCUGCACCCGGCAGUGAAAGUGGGAAGGGUUGUGGCGGCAAGAAUCGUAAGGACAAGAAACGGCACGAUCUGCGGCAGGACAUAGUCAACGAUAGUUUAGCUCUGGGGGCUGAAGAUUGUUAUGGGUACGAGUAUCGAGGGGCAGACAUCGACGAUGACAGCGAUUCGGUUACGAUCGGUCCCCGGUACUUGUCCUCGAGCUUCAGUCCUUCGUCCACCGGUAGCACGGGUAGUUUUCACGAUGCGAUACAGGACUUUAGCGUUCUGGCUGCUUGCCUGCGUCUCGCCGAUGGACUGUCUGAGGAAGCCACAACCACGGCCACCAAACCAGGCACCCCUCGGACGGCGGCAUCCGUUUCGUUGGUGGUACUCAAUCGACCGUCAGAGUCUCGCGAACACAGUCGAUUACUUGCCAAAUGUGAUAAUCCUGAUCCGGAAGGUGGAUUUGUAAUGCUAAACGAAUACGACGUGUUUACGACACCCUCGGCCAGUCCCAUGCGUCGCCCCAGGAGCAUUUGUACGGCCAUCAACAGUUUCCUCACCCCGAGUCACAUGCGGCGUCGGCAGAGCUCGGACGAGACAGAGGACGACGAGGACGACGAGGUCGGUUGGAACAGCGAAGAGUGCUCGGAUGAUGGAAACGCGCCUGCCGAUUACGAUGACGAUGAUGAUGAUGAUGAUAGUGUGGUGUUCUGCGAGGAGUACGACGACAACGAUGACACCAACUCGUCAUCUGGGUUCGAGGAACGGAAGGUUCGAUUCUGCAUAAACCCUGUGGUGCACGUAAUGAGGGCCUGGGACUUUGCCUACCGGCAAGCGCGCAAAGGCGAAUGGGAGAUGGCAGCUAGAGACCGCGAACGAUUCCGGAAGCACAUCGCCGACCUAGAACCGGUACUCGGACCAGCGCUACAGCCCGCCUUGCGUGAUAGAGUGUACGCGGCACGUUUCAAGCACGACGGCGACGGCAACGACAACGUAGUAGCAACAAACACGUUACCCCCUGCGAUCGACGGUUAGCUUGCUAAACUACUAGUGCGCCACGCUUAUCUUUGUUGUCAUUUGCCAGCAAUCGUCAAGCAACAGGGAAAUGCCCCCUCAUUCCUCCCAGAGCCGUGCGUUCGGCAAAGGGUGGAAAACUGAAUUUCGUGCAUUAUAACCUUACCAAACUUUAAUGGCCUAUUUUUUCGAUGAUAUUGUUUUUUCCAUAAUCUUUGUAGAUAGAUAGAUAUAUUUUUCCCCUCUACGCUAAGUAAGUAAAUUAGCAUGUUCAGUUGUCUAUAGGUUGUUUUUAUAAUUUUAAAAGGACCUGCAAACACAAUAAAGUGAUUCACAUAGCUGGUUGGUUUAUCGUACUUUUAUUGUAAGCUCAUUUUAUGGCCUUGAUACUACCCGCUAGCCCUUAGUGUAAUACAUGAACAGUGAAACGGCUGGACUAAAUGAUCGAUCGAGGCCAUCGUUAGAGAUCCGCAAAGUGAUGGGUACACUUCGUUGGUGCUAUUCGACUGUGCAUCUUGUAACGGGCAGCUUCGCGGAAGGCAAUCACCAGCAACAGCACACAGACAAAGUACAACGCGUAUGGAAGGUACGGCUCUAAGUUCUUCAGAACGUAGAAAGCCGAAAGCGUCUGCACAAUGUACGGUGGCAGUUCUUUUUGAUGCUGUAAGAUAAUCGGAAGCAGUUGAGAUGCCUACUGAGGGGGAUUAGUUUCUGCAAGACUACUUACAUAUUCGAUCCAAAACAUUGGGAUAAUCAUUUGACUGAAGCGUCUGAUUUCCGACGCGUAACCGGUGAGCAGCGGGAUGGCCAGGUUCGUCUGGGUCCGGGCGCACUGGUCGAGCGGUAUUCCGAAGGAUGGAUCCACAAUUGCAUAGCUCUCGUGUAG